AUGCCGGUCGUGACCAACAGAAUGGCCUUGUCAACAAUUGGGGAUGGUCAAUUGAACUCAAACCAGUCCUUGAACUGCUCAACACCAUUAGCUAAUAAACAAAGAUCCAAACUUCGUCAAAACACUGACGAAUUCAAGUCUAUGCUUAGCCUCACACCAAGUAAACACAAGCGGAGAUUUCCUGACAUGGUGACCAAGUCGUUUUCAAUUGAAAAAUCAGGCACGUACUAUAGCAAGAGAUCACCGGCGAUUAAGUCUACAAGUUUUGCUGAAUACAAUACUUCUGAUACUUCGCCUACUUUGCAUUUGAAAUCCUCCGCGUCUGCAUUCAAGAAUGACAAAGCGGGCUUAGCUGCUACUAAGUUGAAGUUAAGAUUACAAUUUGCUCUUUAUAAAGUCCAACAAAACAAAACAAUUUCAACAGACACUACUUCAAUACACAAGGAUAACGCCAAAAUUGACGAGUUAAACUUCUUGAAUCCAAUAUUGAGUCCUUCUUCAUCAAAGAAAGGAACACCUACUGCAUCCCCAAACUACGAAAUCCACGCUGCCAGAGCCAUGUCAUCGUUACUCACACCACCAGAACCCAAGACUUACUACACCAAAUCGAUUAAUGUCAAUUUACAAUCCAAGACGAAAACCCCAUCGUCAUCUACUACAUCAUUAUCAGUUGUUGCUCAAAACAAAGCAAAGAAAAGAGACCAGAAAUUAAAAUUAUUUCAAAUAAAGAAAACUAGCAUUCAUUAUUCCAGCACCCAAAAGAAACUACCAUUAAUCCGUCAAAAGCAAGACGUGAACGCAUCCAAAUCCACGUCAAGUUUCAAUAUAUUUUGUCCUUCCAUUAGCAUAUACGGUUCAACGAACUCGUUAUUCAAUGCCCCUGCUCCUCCUCCAACUACAGCAUUACCAGCAAUAACACUAAAUCAUAAAUCAGAAACCCAAUUGCCACCAAUUAACAAAAUCUUGAAAACGCCAAUCAAACGGGCAAAUCUUUCAAGAUCAUUGAGGUUCCAACAAUCAUUCAACAACGCAGCACCAUCUGUCGUUGACACUGCUGCUUCUAGAAUGCCUACUACAGUAGAUGACACUAUAGAUGAAGAUAAUGACAUGACAAUGUUGCAAAACACUACUAUUCAUAAUAGUACGAUUGAUCAACAAGAGUCCAACUCAACGAUUAUUGCCAAAGAUAUUGAUGAAACUAAAAUUGAAGAUGAUGAAGAAGAAGAAGGAGGAGAGAAAAAGACGGUUUUAACAUCGUCACCCUUUCAUAAUAAUUUGGGUACACCUAAUAGUUUCAGCGUGGCCAAAUCAUUGUUACAAUUGGGUGGCCACAGAAUGUAG